AUGGAUAAGGCUGAGUAUGAGGCAAAGGUGGACAACCUCUUAAUUGACAGGAAAUCCUAUGUAUCAUGGACAGCGAUCGAGUUAAACAAACUCGUGAACAGUAUAAACAAGACGGCUGACAAGCUCAGAAAGUUGGGAGCCCUCACGAGAAGAGAAGCACUGACCACAAAAGUCACUGAUGCCGCGAUGGCGCGCUUCUACGGCCUGACAAAAGUCCAGAAGCCAGGAGUGCCCCAUACGCCCCCUUGUCUCAUUACGUGGCACUCCAACAUUUGGGCUGCCAAAGUGGCUGUGCCAGCGACUUUCUUUCCUCACCUAGGAUUUGCCGUGGACAGUCAAGUCGGCUGGAGAGUUGUUGACACGCAUUCAGAAUAUUGCCGUAGAGACAGACGCGGUAAUGGUGUCAUUCGAUGUGAUCUCGUUAUUCCCUCAAUCCCACUCGCCCUUGCUAUCGACACUAUCGACGGACUUCUUCGAAAAAAAUUUGAUGAGAUCGAGCAGAAACUCAAACGAGAGCACAUCAUCGAGCUCCUUGAAUUGUGUCUUAGUGCAUUAUUCACCUUCAAUAGCCAAAUUUACGAGCAGAAGAAGGGGGCACCAAUGGGCUCCCCUAUGUCUGGGCUCAUUGCAAAAGCACUUCUACAGAAGCUGAAACAGCUAGUCUUCAGCUCGGAGCCCCAGAAGUUCUGGGCCCGACACGUCGAUGACACAUUCGGCAUACUAAAGAACCAUGUGCAAACUUGCAAGGCGUCUUUAAAUUUAACCUGUUCCGACAUCCAUUUUACCAUGGAAGAAGAAGUCAACGAUCAGUUGCCCUCCUUUGACGUCCGAGUUACAAAACUGGCAGGCGGGAAGAUAAGGACGACGGUCGACCGUAAAGCAACUAACACGAGGCGCAUUCGUCACUUUUAA